AUGACCACCACCACCCCCCAAACCCUCACCUUCCCCCGCCCAACCUUCGCCAAACUCGCCCCUCACUCCUACCUCCUCGCGCACCUCAACACCCCCUCCCCCACCCGCGCCAACGCCCGCCUCCCCACCUCCCCCCGCCCCCCACACACCCACAAAGGCUCCCUCACCCACGCCAACGGGAGCGCCGUGAUCCGCAUCGGCGACACGACCGCCGUGUGCGGCGUCCGCGGAGAGGUGCUGUUGGCUGAUGCAGUGGGGUACUCUGAGACGCGCCUCUCUGGCGGUGCUGCUCCUGCUACUGCUGCUACUUCCGGGACGCGCCAUAAGGGAGGCAUGAAGAGCACAGCGCAGGAACUGGAUUUGCUCGUCCCGAAUAUCGAACUCGCGACUGGGUGCGCGCCGGAGUUUUUGCCGGGGAUGCCGCCUAGUAAGAUGACGCAGGAGCUGGUAGCGCGCGUCUACGCUCUUCUGCAUGCUAGUGCGCUGGUGGGGGAUGAGUGUCUGAAGAUUUGGGGACCCGUUGUGGACGGGGAGGAUGAGGAGGAUGAGGAGGGAGAGAAGGAGGAGGGGAGUGAGGUUAAGGCGUUUUGGGUGUUGUAUAUUGAUAUCCUCUUCAUCUCGCUGGAUGGAAAUGCGUUUGAGGCUGCGUGGGCGGCGCUGCUAGGGGCGUUGCAGGAUGUGUAUUUACCCGCUGUGAGAUGGGCGGAGGAUCGGCAGGCGGUGGUGUGUGAGGAUGAUGUGAGUAGUGCGACGAGGUUGGAGUUGAGGGGGUUGCCUGUUGCAGUUGGGUUUGCGGUUUUCAGGGCGAAGGAGGGGGCAGGGAAGAAGGGGGAGUAUUGGGUGUUGAUUGAUCCGGAUAUGUUUGAGGAGGGAUUGUGUGAGGAGACUGUUACGGUGUUGUUGGAUUGUGCUACCGGGGAGACGAGGUUGAUUGGGGUUGAAAAGGUUGGGGGGGCGAUGUUGGGGAGGGAGCAGAUGGUGAGGUUGAUAAAGCAGGCGGAGAAGAGAUGGGUGGAGUGGAGGAAUGUGUUGAAGGGUUGA